CACAGCCAUCUGGGUGUGUCUGUUAAUCUCUGAAUUCUGUCGUCUUAUUAACCCCCUUUGCCUGGAAUAAGGCUCCUGUUAGUGAAACUGUCGAAAAGCCUCUGUCUCAUCCUCUCUCAAAGUUUUCAUUUUUUACUCAUUUUUGUUUUUUUUAAUUAAUUUUCCUGCCAAGUAAAGAAGAAGAGUAAAAGGCGUAAGGGUUUUGUGUAGCUUCGAUUUAUGAUGAAGAUAUAAAAAGAUAUUUGUGAGAAGGCGUUUAUCUUUCUCUGAGAAAAACAAUCUUCUCCAGCCACCUUAUCUCACUUUCUCUCUCUCUCUCUCUCUCUCUCUCUCUUGUGUGUAUGUUCUCGUCUUGAAAAUCCAAAGGCCUUUUGGGAUUUUCUUGAAGAGAGCUUCUGUUAGGUAUAGAGAGAGAUAGAGAGAGUGAGAGGCAUGGAGGCCGUUUUACAGAGCAGAGGUCUUCUCUCCCUACCCCCCAAACCUACUCAAUCCAGAGUCCUUUUACACCCAUCGCAAGGCUUAAAGCACAGGCUUUUCUGCACAAAGCCUAAACCAUUUUCUGGGUUUUCUCUGUCUUCAAGUGCGUAUCAAAGGGUUCAUGGGUUUGCAACGAAGCCGCCCAUUAAUGGGUUUUCCGUCAAAGAGAAGAAUCUGCAUAUCUGCAGGGCGGAGGCUGCGGCUGCAGCUGAUGGGCAGCCUUCGCUCGGCGAGCAGGAUUCGCCCAAGUUCCUGGGUAUGGAGAUGGUUACCCUCAGAAAGAUUAUCCCCCUUGGGUUAAUGUUCUUUUGUAUCCUUUUUAAUUACACAAUACUUAGAGAUACGAAGGAUGUUUUGGUUGUGACGGCUGAAGGGAGCAGUGCUGAGAUUAUCCCUUUCUUGAAGACUUGGGUUAAUUUACCUAUGGCUGUUGGUUUCAUGUUGUUGUAUACAAAGUUGGCAAAUGUGUUGUCUAAGCAGGCUCUAUUCUACACUGUUAUUCUUCCCUUCAUUGCCUUUUUUGGGGCAUUUGGGUUUCUUAUGUAUCCUCUUAGCAACUUCAUUCAUCCUCAGGCUCUUGCUGAUAAGUUGCUUAAUGUUCUGGGUCCAAGGUUUCUUGGUCCGCUUGCAAUUAUGAGGAUUUGGAGCUUCUGUUUGUUUUAUGUUAUGGCUGAACUUUGGGGCAGUGUGGUGAUCUCAGUUCUCUUUUGGGGGUUUGCUAAUCAGAUAACUACUGUUGACGAAGCAAAAAGAUUCUAUCCUCUAUUUGGACUUGGGGCCAAUAUCGCCCUUAUUUUUUCAGGCCGAACUGUGAAAUAUUUCUCGAAUUUGAGGAAAAAUUUAGGCCCUGGAGUUGACGGUUGGGCCAUCUCCUUGAAGGGAAUGAUGAGCAUUGUGGUGCUGAUGGGACUAGCAAUCUGUUUCCUUUACUGGUGGGUGAACGCAUAUGUUCCCCUUCCAACCCGUAGCAAGAAGAAGAAGGAAAAACCAAAGAUGGGGACAAUGGAAAGCUUGAAAUUUUUGGUGUCAUCACCAUAUAUUAGAGAUCUUGCUACCUUGGUGGUUGCAUAUGGUAUUAGCAUCAACCUCGUUGAGGUUACAUGGAAAUCCAAGCUCAAAGCUCAGUUUCCUAGCCCAAAUGAAUACUCUUCCUUUAUGGGAGAUUUCUCAACUGCGACUGGUAUAGCGACCUUCACGAUGAUGCUUCUCAGCCAAUUUAUAUUUGACAAGUAUGGUUGGGGAGUCGCGGCCAAAAUCACACCUACUGUUCUGCUUCUGACUGGUGUUGGUUUCUUUUCUCUGAUAUUAUUUGGAGCUCCACUGGCACCUGCGCUAGCAAAGUUCGGGAUGACACCCCUCCUUGCGGCAGUAUACGUGGGUGCUUUGCAGAAUAUUUUCAGCAAGAGUGCAAAAUACAGUUUGUUUGAUCCUUGUAAAGAAAUGGCAUAUAUUCCGUUAGACGAGGACACCAAGGUCAAAGGGAAAGCAGCCAUCGACGUUGUCUGCAAUCCGUUGGGGAAAUCAGGAGGUGCCCUCAUUCAGCAGUUUAUGAUCUUAACCUUUGGUUCUCUCGCAAACUCAACUCCCUACCUCGGAGGGAUACUUCUUCUGAUAGUUUCUGCAUGGUUGGCGGCAGCCAAGUCUCUGGACACACAGUUCACUGCAUUGCGCCGGGAAGAAGAACUCGAGAAGGAGAUGGAAAGAGCUGCCGUUAAGAUCCCAAUUGUAUCGCAAAGUGAAAGCGGGAACGGUUCCCUUGCAGGUGGUUCAGCACUGAACCCGGCACCAGGUGACCCAUCAAGCAGUUCUCCCGAAACAACAACUCCUCGCAAUGUUUAAGACGAUAUUAGAUAAUUUGUUCGACGUAGGAUUUACUUUUUUGAAUCUAUAGAAAACAAUAAUAGCGUAGCUAAAGAGAGUUAAGUGUCUUGACUGUUUCCAGUCUCAUUUUUUUCUUCUUCUGGUUUUGGAUAAGGAGCAUAUUGUCUGUUUUAGCUCCAAGUUCUUUCUGUAUUUUGUAGAAUUUGGGUUUUAAUGAGGAAGCCUGUCAAAAUUUAAUAAUUUCAUUCAUACUUA